AAAUUGAAGAUGGAACGACGAGGGCUUAUUGGAAAGCCAUCAUUUAGGAACAUCAUGCUUGUCAUUAUGAGGCGGCAACAUGCGGCGCAGGGUCUAAAACCCGUACAGUGACACGAAGUCUAUUUUGUCCGUGUUCCGCCAACAACGAACGUUGUCAAACCCUUUUCAGGGCCGCACGGUCAACUUGUCAUAGGUACAGGUCGAAUGUAGAUGCAGACUAAAGGAAACGCCAGCUACACGGCUGUCGAAGCUCUCGAACAAGCAGCCAAUGGACCAGAUUAGGUGUCAAAGGCCUUCGCGGCCGCGACUUCUUUCCAGCUUCUCUUGCUUCCAUUUGUGUCGUCGAAUGUGGCAUAUUCCUUUCAGCAAACAGCUCAACUUUGUCUUUCACGAAUGUCCUGCUCAAAGUCCUUCGCUAGCUUCUGGUUCUUUUCUCUCCCUUGCCCGCGUUUUUCAAGACCUCUAGUACUCUUUCUGUCCUCCUCACGCAUAAUCAUGGGUCAGUCACCUUCGACUCCGCUAGCCAACUGCUUGACACAAGCAGUGGGAAGUGGUAACGUUGCAUUCCCAGGGCCGUUUUGGGAGAUCACAGACGUAAAGCCAUACAACCUCGACAUCACUCCAAGUCCCGCUGCGAUCACUUAUCCGUCAACGAAUGAGGAAGUUGCCAGCAUCAUUACGUGCGCGCGGAGCAAUAACGCGAAGGUGCAAGCCCGAAGUGGGGGCCACAGUUAUGGGAACUUUGGACUCGGUGGUGGAGGUACCACAGAUACCGUAGUUGUGGAUUUGAAGAACUUCCAACAGUUCGACGUGGAUCAGGAGUCGUGGAUCGCAACGGUUGGCGCGGGCACAUUACUUGGCGACCUUACGGACGAGAUGCAGAAAUAUGGGAGGGCUAUGGCCCACGGAACCUGCCCGCAGGUCGGUAUAGGUGGACACGCUACUAUCGGCGGGCUAGGACCGAUGUCGAGAAUGUGGGGAGCAGCCCUCGAUCAUGUCGUCGAGGUCGACGUAGUCCUUGCCAAUUCUAGCAUUGUCUCUGCGUCGACGACCAAUUAUCCGGACGUCUUUUGGGCGCUUAAGGGCGCUGGUGCGAGUUUUGGUGUGAUCACACAGUUCAGAGUGAUCACGCAUGCUAUCCCAUCGCAAACCGUCCAAUACUCAUACACGUUCUCGCAAAGGCCCUUCUCUGGCUUCGCGGAUCGCUUCAAACUUUGGCAGAAUAUGGCUGCCGAUCCCGCACUCGACAGAAGGCUAGCAUCGCAAGUCAUCUUCAGCGAGGCCGGCAUGAUUCUGGAAGGAACGUUCUUUGGCUCGCAGGAUGAAUUUGACGCGCUAAAUUUGACAAGCAUAUUUCCAGACGCUUCGGACAGCAGUGUUUUGGUUUUCAACGAUUGGCUUGGCCAAGCAUCUCAUUGGGGAGAGGACUUGGCUCUAACACUUGGAGGGGGAAUUCCCACAGCAUUCUACAGCAAAUCGCUCGCAUUCACAGCACGGGAUACCAUGCCGGAUACUACUAUUGACGCAUGGCUAAAAUACUUGGACGAUGUUGACAAGGGAACUUUGGUGUGGUUCGCAAUAUUCGAUCUUCAAGGCGGCGCAACAAACGACGUUGCCAAGGACGCGACCUCGUAUGGCCAUCGAGAUGCGAUUUUCUACUUGCAAGCCUAUGCAGUGAACUUGUUGAGAGUAUCAGACACUACGAGAGCGUUCGUGCAAGGCAUGCAUGACGUAAUCGCGAACAGCAUGCAAGGACACAAUCUCGGGGCGUAUGCAGGAUUCGUGGAUCCAGCCUUGCCAAAUGCUCAGCUGCAAUACUGGAACACAAACUACCCAAGGCUUCAGCAGAUCAAAGCGGCGAUUGAUCCUCAAGACAUCUUCCACAAUCCCCAAAGCGUACAGCUACCUUGAUCAACAGGAAGCGUUUCAGAGCGGAUCAAGGGGGCUUGCUGAACAAGGUCGGAUCAAUGUACUUCAAAUAGCAUAGAAAAAGCAUAACUAGAUCAUAG